CUGUCCAGAAAUUGCAUUUAGGAAGUGUUACCAAGUCCAGCUAGUUGCAGUGGAUAGCAUUCAGAUGCAGACAGGAUCAGACUGGACAAGCCUUAGAGAAGAUGGAGAGAGACAAAAAGAAUUAUUUAAUUCUUUCUGGUAUUCCCCUCAAAGUGAUCCACAAGAAGGGCUUGAGAAAUAACUUCUGGCUUGAACAUAAAGUCCAUGCUAAUUUUUGAUCAGCUUUACCUUCACACAUCAUAACUUUGAUAACAAGUUAGAGUACUGGAGCAAUGGGUCAGAUGCUUACUUGGCCAGUGCUGAGCAGAGGUUUGGUUUUGAAAGCCUUAUUAAAACAGUGUGACCUGACAACAAGCUCCACAUCUCUGGCCUAGCAGUUGUGAGGAAGGGGAUUUGUGUGUGAUUGUCAUUGUGCUGUACCACAGUGAAGAGGUUUUUUUCACUUCAAGAUACCUUGCAUUAAAAGAUCAUGGUAGACAGCUUAAUAGUUUCUUUGAGACUUCUCAGUUCCCUAGCAGUGCUGGGAUUUCAGUUUGUCAUCCCACAGCCUUCAAUUGAACACAGAAAGGUUCCGCAGAGGAUAGAAGAGCAAGGCGAUGCGGCUGAGGACAGCAGUGCGGGAGUGCCGGGGCUGUGGGGCAGCUGGGGCCCGUGGUCCGCCUGCUCUCGGAGCUGCAGCGGGGGGGUGAUGGAGCAGACGCGGCCCUGCCUCCCCGCCUAUUACCGGGAGCGGGGCUACCGCCGCCCGGGCCGCCACUUCCCGGCCUCCGAGCGGCCUCUGGCUCCCCAGAGCAACCACCACGAGGACUCGCUGUCUGCCUACCCCGGCCACGUCGUCUCUGCCAUCCGCACGUCCGUGCCGCUGCACAGGAGGGAGCAGCAGCCGUGGGCCGGGCUGAGGAACAGCAGCCAGGGCGGCCGGGCCGCCCCCAGGGGCAGCCGCCACUCGCAGGGGCCCCGGCACGGCCCCAGGCCGGACAAGAGAAGCAGAAACAGAAAUCCUAUUGGUCCAGGAAAGUAUGGGUAUGGAAAGGUGCCAUACAUUUUACCUUUACAAACUGAUACCGGUCAGCAGCCUCAGAAGCUGCGGAGGCAGCGACAGUCGUCGAGGAGCCACCUAUUCCACCAGAGUCCGAGUCUGAUGAGCUCCUACAGCCAGGCAGCUGCUCCUUCACUGCAGCAUGGCAAUCUUUACCAAGAACCCAGUGGGCCUCAGGCAGGACACCAAGUCCUGGGGCCCUCGGUUUAUCAGUCACCUUCGUUCCCCGUGGCUCAGAGUCUGUUCCACGGCAGUGACUCCGGCCCUCAGGCCCUGCAGGGACAGCCCCAGCCCCAGAGGGCUGCAGCCAUCGUGUGCAUCGGUGCCUACAAGCAAUAUAAACUCUGCAACACUAAUAUGUGUCCUGAAAGCAGCAGGAAUAUUAGAGAGGUACAGUGUGCAUCAUACAAUAACAAGCCAUUUAUGGGCCGAUUUUAUGAAUGGGAACCUUUUGCAGAAGUGAAGGGGAGUCAGAAGUGUGAGCUGAACUGCCGGGCCAUCGGCUACCGCUUCUACGUGCGCCAGGCGGAGACGGUGAUCGAUGGCACCCCCUGCGAGCCCAACGGGACGGCCAUCUGUGUGGCAGGGCAGUGCAAGAGCAUUGGCUGUGACGACUAUCUGGGUUCUGACAAGGUGAUUGACAAGUGUGGAAUAUGUGGAGGGGACAACACUGCUUGCAAGGUUGUGUCUGGAGUUUUCAAACACACGCUAACAAAUCUUGGCUACCACAAGAUAGUGGAAAUUCCUGAAGGAGCUACUAAAAUCAACAUUACUGAGAUGUCAAAGAGCAACAACUAUUUGGCCCUGCGCAGCCGCUCAGGACGCUCCAUCAUCAACGGCAACUGGGCCAUCGAUCGCCCGGGCAGGUACGAAGGUGGUGGGACAAUGUUCACUUACAGACGCCCCAAUGAGAUCUCCAGCACCGCAGGGGAGUCCUUUUUAGCUGAUGGGCCAACAAAUGAAGUCCUUGAUGUCUAUAUGAUACAUCAGCAGCCUAACCCGGGUAUACAUUAUGAAUAUAUCAUUCCAGGAGACAAUGUCAUUAGUCCUCAGUUGCUUGCUCACAGGAGGCCAGGGGAGCCAUUGAACGGUCAGUUAGGAAUGCCAGAAAGUACAAGUCAUGAGGAUGAGGAUUUACAUAGAGAGACAGACAUCCUCACUGGGCAGUCAGCUGGGACUUUUCCAGUUAUUCAACCAGGAAGAUUUCCUUCUCAUCAGCCAGAAAACCAGGUGCCUGCUAUGCAACCACCAAGACAAAACCGAGAACACAACUGGAAACAGGUUGGAAAAACUGAGUGCACUACUACAUGUGGGAAAGGAUCACAGUACCCAAUUUUCCACUGCGUUAACAGAAUCACUCACGAGGAGGUACCUGAGGGUUACUGUGACAGCAGCACCAAACCCAUUCCAGAAGAGGAGGCCUGCAACCUCUUCCCAUGCCCUGCUUUCUGGGAUAUAGGGGAGUGGUCUGAGUGCAGCAAAACCUGUGGGCUGGGAAUGCAGCACCGGCAGAUCCUGUGCCGGCAGAUCUACGCCAACCGCACGCUGACAGUGCAGCAGUACCGCUGCCAGCACCUGGAGAAACCUGACACAACCAGCACCUGCCAGCUCAAGAUCUGCAGCGAGUGGCAGAUCAGGACAGAGUGGACCUCAUGUUCAGUGCCUUGUGGAGUGGGGCAGAGGACUCGAGAUGUGAAGUGUGUCAGCAACCUUGGGGACAUUGUUGAUGAUGAGGAAUGUAACAUGAAGCUGCGGCCAAAUGACAUCGAGAACUGCGACAUGGGCCCCUGUGCCAAGAGCUGGUUCCUUACAGAAUGGAGUGACAGGUGCUCCGCGGAGUGCGGGGACGGGAUCCGCACGCGCUCCGUGGUUUGCAUGACCAACCACGUCAGCAGUUUGCCUCUGGAAGGCUGUGGCAACAACAGACCCUCGGAAACAAGUCCCUGUAAUAACGGGCCCUGUGCUGGGAAAGUGGAGUGGUUUGCUGGGGGCUGGACACAGUGCUCUACUGAAUGUGGUAGUGGAACUCAGCAGAGAGAAGUAAUUUGUGUUAGGAAAACUGAAGGUAAUUUUGAUGUUUUGAACCCCUAUGAAUGUUCAUAUUUGGAAAAACCUCCCAGCCAGCAAUCCUGCUACCUCAAACCAUGUGGAUCUAAGUGGUUUCAUACAGAAUGGAGCACAUGUUCCAAGUCGUGUGAAGGAGGAUUUCGGGUUCGGGAGGUGCGAUGUCUGUCGGAUGACAUGGCAGCCAGUACUCAGUGUGAUCCACAGCUCAAACCUGACGAGAAAGAACCAUGUAAUACACAGGAUUGUGUUCCUGAAAUAGAUGAGAACUGCAAGGAUAAAUACUACAACUGCAAUGUGGUGGUUCAGGCCCGGCUCUGUGUGUACACCUACUACAAAACAGCCUGUUGUGCCUCCUGUACCCGUGUGGCAAACAGACAGCCAGGCUUCCUGGGGCGCAGAUAACAAAUCCUGCUCUGCUCAGAGCAGCAGUGGCACUCUUCAUGUGGAGCUUGAGCAGCUUUGACUGCAGCAGUUGUAGCUUCUUAGAGAUGGGGUUUAUAUUGCUGAGUGCAUCAAGACUAUGGUUAAAUCUCACACCCUUUCAGUUAUUGUGCAGUUAUCUCUUUUAAGAUGUUUGUUGUAAAAUCAUGAUUUUUUUAAAGCAUUCAUUUUUAAUGAUACUAUUAUUUGCACCUGCUCAUCAGAUAAUUAUUUAAGGAACGUACUGGCCUUAAGAUUGUUAAAUUAAUGAAAACUAGAAUCAAUUGCAGGCAAUUACUGGAGAUAAUUGACCAGUAUGGAUGCAGCUGCUCCAUUAUUUUCUGAGUGCUUGGUAUUUUGGACUGCCUUAAGUUAGAGGACUAAAUCAAUGAAACGUACAUGAAAAAAAUUACUUCCCAAAGAACCAGACCCUUGAAAAGCAUUUAUCAUCAAUUUCCUAGCACUCUAACAUAUUUUUUUAACUACUUCAGUCCAUUCAUAAUAAAUCAGAGUCACUGUUAA